CUUUAACGAUAAAAAUUACAAAUACUACAUAAAAAUGAUUAAUACUAUUGUGUCAACUUUUUCCCCAUUUAAGACAAUAUCGUUCAUCCUUCCAUAUGCAUCAACUAUAAAGGAUGUUGAGAAUUAUUUGUCAGGACUUUUUCCACCUGGAAAUUAUUUAUUAUCACAUCUUUCUGGAAAAUUACUUUAUCCUGAAGAUACUUUGGCAUCUUUAUUAGAUCGCUAUGAAUAUUCAAAUAAUGCGAGAGUAUGCAUGUUAAGAUAUGUUCCAAAGGUUUUUGGAGGAAAAGGUGGAUUUGGAUCUCAACUUCGUGCUGCAGGUGGUCGAAUGAGUAGUCGAAAAAAGCGUGGUGAAGAGGAAAAUAAAUCAAGUUGUAGAGAUCUAAAUGGAAGGAGAAUACGGACUAUAAAUGAAGCGAAAGCAUUGGUUAAAUAUUUAAAAACAGCACCUAUACGAAAACGUGAAAUUUUAGCAGAACGAAAACAAAAGCUUGAAGCAAUUAUUAACGCUGAGCCUCUUUCUAAGAGAAUAAAAUUUGAGGAUAAUGAAUUUUUAGAAAAAAGUGAAAUAAUAAUCGAUGAUGUAAAGAAUGCAGUAAAAUUAGCAGCGCUAAAAAAGUUGAAGCAUAUUUCUGAAAACUCAUUAACAAAUAAAUUUGACGAGAAGUGCCAACCACUAAAUUCUAAUAAUGAAGAAAAUUCUAUAAAUUCGAGAAUAUCAUGUUCCUUGACUGGUAAAAUUAAUAAAAGAUUUAAUAAAUGGGAUCAAGACGAUUCUCUUUCUGAUAAUGAAGACAAUGUUCUUGAAGCUGAUCAAUACGAAAAUGAAAGCACUAAAGGAAAUUAAGAAUUUGCUGAAGAUUAAUAUAUUACAUCUGCAUUUUAAAU